GACACGUUUCAUUUUGAAAAUGGGUUUGUCAUUCAAGUCUCCGUGCUUCCAGCUAGCGAGCUUCAUCGCCGUUCUGGGACUCUUCAUCUCGACAGAAGCUCGUAUCGAUAAAUUCAGCGAUUUCAACGGGCAAGGCUACUCCCUACACAUGGCCAACACCGUCUCUUACAAGGUUUACAACGAAAGGCGUACCUGGGAGGAAGCGAGGCGAAAAUGCAUCGACGAUGGAGCUCGUCUGGCCAUAAUUGACACCUACGAAAAAGUUGGGAUCAUUGGGAAACUGAAACCGUUCAACGCCUACGUCUGGAUCGGCGUGUCGCGAUCGGGCCCUAAUCAACCUUGGAUAAUAGCGCAUAACGGUUUGUCGAUGGUCAACAUUCCGUGGGCACCAACGAAACCUUGGGGUUCGUACAACUGCCUCACCGUCCGAGGGUGCAAUCGGGGGUUAAGCAACGAGGAUUGCAACGACCGAAAGGGAUUCGUUUGCGAAAAGGUGGUAUCAGCAGAAGUCCUAAAUCCGUGAUCAGGCUCGCUCAGA